AAAUAAGUUAGUUUAACAUGCUUUUCUACACCAACUUGAGCUAUAUCUGGCGUUAGCAAAGAGACUAUUAGACAUUAACAAAUACGGAAGUAUCUCCGCCAAGUCCGAUUAUUAUAUAUGCAAAAAAUAACUUUUUUCAUUCACACAGGUUGUGUAGUAUGUGUAGUUGGCGGGAUUACAACGGCUAAUUUCCGCCUAUUUCGUAUUUUGUUAGCCCUUCGCGUAUCGUUCUGGUCCUACUUGUGCAAUUACCCGCAAAUUUUGUUUGUUCCGUGAUGCAGAAUGACCAACUUGAACAGCUUGUUCCCUCGUUGGAUUCAACGCUGCCUUCUUUCGCGGUUCUCUGCAGGACUAACCCAGAACAGCGCGCUUUAAUCUGCGGGUAUGCCCUUUUCUACUUGUCGUCGCGACGGAGGUCACAAUUUCAAACAAAGGCGUCCUUUUCUAUCGGCGCAUUAACUAACGUUUAUUAUUGGUAACACAAUAAAAAAAAACUCCGCUUUCUCUAGGUUGCUGGAUAGAAUAAGCUUUAUCGUGAAAGGCUGUGCUCGCCGGCAUUUCUAAGUAUCUUGUGAUCUAUCUGUGCGUUGCUAAUUAUUAUUGCAUCUAUAAGGUGUGCAUAUGAGUGUGUAAUGAAACAUUGGAAAUUUCUUUUAUCCCUGUAGUUUUUGGUGUAAAAACAGCUUCUUCUCGCAAGUCACCAAAAAGCGCAGUGUUGGAUACAUUAAGAAGCGUAUCUAAAUGAUUUGUCAUUAGGCCAACAGAUUGUUGAAACAGAAAGAUCGACUGCCAGGUUUGCCUUUUGUCAAGCAACAGCGUUGCAUUUUUGUGGCCGAGCAACCGAAGUGUUUGCUCAUUGCCAUUUGUCUCGGAAGCGUUGAGAUGGAAAACCACAUUGCUACCAACUUUCGCCUCGUGUCCGAGCGUGUGGCAAACGCAGCGAGACUUCAGCCGCAAACUGUCAGGCUCGUCGCGGUAUCUAAAACCAAGUCGAAGGAGGAUGUCAUAGCGGCGUAUGCUGCUGGUGCUCGCCAUUUCGGCGAAAAUUAUAUUCAGGAAUUGGUAUCCAAGGCAGAGGAUCCCUCCAUCAAAGAAAACUGUCCUGAAUUGAAGUGGCAUUUCAUUGGGCGUCUUCAGAGUAACAAGGUGAAACAGCUCGCAAAAGUUCCAGGUCUUUGGGCUGUUGAAACCGUCGCUACGCCUAAAGUUGCUGAUUCUUUGAACUCGUCUUGGGAGAGCGCUCAACGGGGGGAGCCUCAUAAGCUCAACGUUAUGGUCCAGGUAAAUACUUCUGGGGAAGAACAGAAGGGAGGCGUCGAAAUGUCGGAAGUUGUUGACCUCGCUCGCCACAUUCGAGAGAAGUGCCCUCGCUUAAGUCUUCUUGGGCUUAUGACGAUUGGCUUCGCCGAUGUGCAGCCGGGUACGGAGAAUCCCGAUUUUGCCGCAUUGGCCAAAUGCCGAAAUAUGGUAGCUGAGGCUCUUGGCAUCGAACACGAAGUCUUGGAACUUUCCAUGGUGUUUUCUAUCGAUAUCGUAAGAUUGAUAGUGCCAAAAUUAGUUGAGGACGGAAAGAAGGGCCCAUUCGAUUUGGAAUGCUCCUACCGCUGUGGUGAAGGCGACGACAACCUUGUCGUGAAAUGGUUCUUCAAUAAUGAUACUACACCAUUCUAUCAAUGGAUAGCAAGCUAUGGAGAACCAGUUAUUACUGGGCCGUAUGAAUCGAAGUUCUCCUUCGAAGAAGACCAGCAUGCCGAUACUUGCAAUAACAAGGUUUCAUACAAGCUGGCCUUAACAGAUCCUGAGGUCGCGAUGAGUGGUCUUUACCGCUGUGAAGUGCAGACUUUCGACUCACAGGAUAGCGCCGAGGCAAAUAUGGUCGUAUUUUCACCCCCACGCAAUUUCACGUUGGUGAUUGACGAACCGUCUGCCGGUGUCCUUCAGGUUAAUUGUACCGUAUCACCAGUGUACCCGAUACCUGAACUGAAAUUGUAUCGCGUCCUUAAAACAGAUAAAGAAGCAAAACAACAGUUUGAGGAUGCGCAUAUUGAGUCAAUAGAGCUCAAUGGGAAGGUUCACCAGGUCUCACUCCUAAUGCAGUCUACUAAUCAGACGCUAUUCCAGAGACAACCGUUAACUUUUGAGUGCGACAUGCACUUCAGAGAGGUCAAAUACCAACGGUUUCAACGACAAGUUUACACGCCUAAGUAUGAAGCACCGAAAAAAAAACCAAAAAUUCUAGCCCGAUUACCUGGAGCCUCUGCGAAUAGUGGCUCUGUUUCGGGAAGAACUCCUCUGUUGCCAGUCGGCGGCGUAUUUGUUUUUGUGCCAUUGUCCCUUUUGGCUGUAAGAAUAGGAAGAGUAUUUUAAUACCGAUCAGAGUUGGCAGUACAUAUGAUGAAGAAACAGCAUUAACCUAAAUUUCACGGGUGCUAUUCGAAUAUGGGUAUUGUCAUUUUUUUUUAUCUAUGUCACUAUGUGAAUAUGGGUAUUGACAUUUUUGCGUUGCCACGACGCUAUCUAGUUCGACGUUCCAUUUAGCAAAGAGGCCAACAAGACGAAGCACUACUAUUAUAUCCCACGAAAGAGAUGCAAACGAGCUUACUGGAAACUGAACUUCCGUAUAAAAACCUUAAAUCGUGGUAGACCUUCAGUGUGGUAGUUGUCAACUAUCAUUAGUUGCGCUAGCCAUACGCAGCUGUGAAAUUUGAAAAUUAAUUCAUCAUUACAGGGUUUAUAAGGACAGGAAGCCAUCUUUAGAAAAACGGGCACUUAGCUACAUACCGAAUAAAAAAAAAAAGACAUUUGUGACUAGCUCAAAGUAAUACACCAUUACAGAACACAAAGGAUGGAAUAACGUUGCAUUUCGAAUAUGUUAUUUCUCUAUUUAUAAAGGAAAUAAUAUUUUUUUGCUGUUUGCCUUUGUUGAGUUGAGUGUUAGGUAGAAUGGCGAAUCAGAUACAAACAAAUUUCACAAUGGGUAAGCGAGAUAAUUGACCCUUGUAUAUAUAUAUAUUAACUACAGAGAAAUGCGCCUUUAACUAUGCUGUUGUGAAAACAAAAGAAGACACUUUGCAACACCUGCUGCAUUAUUGUUACACAUUGACAGCAGGUAAUGUUAACGAUAAUUAGAAACAAAUAACAAAAAAAAGCGGUUUUUUAGUCAAAUAAAGUUAUUCUUACCU